GCAGCCAAGAUGAAGUUCAACCCGUUUGUGACCUCGGACCGCAGCAAGAACCGCAAGCGGCACUUCAACGCCCCGUCCCACGUCCGCAGGAAGAUCAUGUCCUCCCCGCUCUCCAAGGAGCUGCGGCAGAAGUACAACGUCCGCUCCAUGCCCAUCCGCAAGGACGAUGAAGUCCAGGUCGUCCGGGGGCACUACAAAGGCCAGCAGAUCGGCAAGGUGGUGCAGGUGUACCGGAAAAAAUACGUCAUCUACAUCGAGCGUGUCCAGCGCGAGAAGGCCAACGGCACCACCGUGCACGUGGGGAUCCACCCCAGCAAGGUGGUGAUCACUAGGCUAAAACUGGACAAAGAUCGCAAAAAGAUCUUGGAACGCAAAGCCAAAUCUCGCCAGGUUGGCAAGGAGAAGGGCAAAUACAAGGAAGAAACAAUUGAAAAGAUGCAAGAAUAGAUUGUUUCCUAUCUGACACCAUUAAAGAACUGCUAAAAUUAAAC